AUGGAGGAACAGCCUUGGAAAAACCUCAAGUUAUCGCUCGAAAGACCAUACAAGGAUGAUAAAGGCGAACCCAUUCCAGUAUUGUUGGAUAUACACCCAGAUGGAACCCAUGUUUACGAACCAAAGGAAGAUCCCUCUAAGAAGCUAGGCCAAAACCUCAGACGAAUAUUCCUCGAACGUGGUCUCGACUUUUUCGACAGUGGCAACAGGCCAAACUUGCAGGAGGAAUCAUCCACCCCAUUAGAGAAGGAGGAUGGCGCUGAGGGUCCAGAGGAAAGUCAGGAUAUAUCCAAACCUACCAUGACGCCAGAAGAACUCUUCCAGAUGCGCACGGAGAUAAUGCCCCAGCUCUACAUUGCGUUGGGGGAGAUGUCUCAUGCAAAAGAGCUUCUGUCUUUACUCUUGGCGUCGACUAAUCCAUCUGAGCCUUCUCCCGUUCCUUCACUCCCACCUGCUACUUUGGCAGCGACCAUGGUCACGAAGCCAGCUCCUAUAAUAUCGGUACAGGCUUUCGAUGCUCAACUAAAUACUGGCGGCAAAGAUGAAGCACUGCGGAAAGCUGCUGAUCUUUUCAAGUCGGCAGCUAACAGUUUGGAAAGCGGUAGGCUCAGAGGAGAAAAAUACUGGCUUGAUGCCCUUAGAAUAAGAAGAGCGAACUGGGGACUAGCCCCCGCACCCCUUCCGUUUGGAGCUCCCACCGGUAAAGGCGUGGAUAAAACAUCGAAGGAUUUUUUAAUUUCCUUCGGCCUCGAGGGGUCCACUGCAUAUUUUCGAAGAAAAGCGAUAGGUCAUAUGCCUACUGAUCCAACUACUCCGGAUCCUCUGGUAUUUCCCCAUCGUCAGAGAACUCGUUUGUAUAUAUCGUUGAACAUGGUGGACGCUAAGGGAGCACAGGUUGAAUCGCACAAUUCUAUCGUGGCCUCUGAUGAUAGUUCUUUAGAAGGUUCACUGGCUGCUUCACAGCGAGAAAUAGUAGAAGAAGAGAUUUUUUCUACACUCAUCAAGGAAGCGAGUAGCUUGCCCACAGCAUCAGCUCGCGUAGCGGAACGUUUGAUCGACAUUGAUGCUGCUCAAGGAAUGGAAUUACGAUUUGAAUUGGAGUCGCUACAAUCGAACAACAGUCAAGUAGCGACCACAAUGUGCGACCUGAUUUACUCAUUACUUUGUGCUCUCCUACUUGGAAUGCACACCCAUAAGAAGCUGCAGCGUAUCGGACACGCAGGUGUCGCCCAUGUUCUGCCACAAGGCAGCUCGUCGUACACACUACUGCAGCCCAUCAUCGACCUUUUGCAAUAUCAGGUGUUCUGUGAACGAAUUAGGACAGAACUUGAGAAGAUGGUUCGAGCGCUUUCCAAGGCAGAAAUCCCCUAUAACUUACGCUUUGACCCAAUCGGGGAAAGCGGCGAGCAACUAGUCAGGUUGUUCACCGGAGAAGAUCUCGACAAAAAAAUCGGUGGCGAAGCGAUCCUUCGGAUAGAUAAUAGACAUACGCUACGUUUGACUCUGCAAUCACCGUCUUCCCUGACCGCCCACUUGCCUCAGGCAACUUUAUCCAUUGCUUCGAUACCUCAACUCGUACAACUCUUGUCUGACGAAGUUGAACAGUGUUUACUUAACAAAAUAUGCGAAGUAGGAAGGCAAAUUUGUGAACAUGUUCAUGGCACAUGGUUCGUGGACAUGGUCAGUAGCAGAGCAGUGGGCAGGUGGGAGGGUUGUGUCUUAAAUUUCUGCGUCGUCUACGGAAAAGACUAUGCCAUACACUCAACAGCUUUUCGACUGCGAAGGGUUGCUGAUCAAAGACCUUCCCUUGUAGAGACAUAUACCCCCGACCUUUCUAUCCCAUUAGUUACUUGGUUGCACUCUAUUAUUGCAAAAACAUCACUGGAGACUUGA